GUUCAUUCCUCCCUCGUGCAAUAUUCACAGCUUUGCGUGCUUGUUUCCCCUCCUGUGCAAAGAGAGACGCCCCGGCGGACGUCGACGUCACGAGCAGUGGUGGCCCGUUCUGGAUACUAACUUUAAGUUGUCGAACUUCUAGAUCCAAGGACGUCACGUACUACUAGCACACGCUACGGUGCCCCAUAUAAUCGUUUCCUUGAUAAGCCUCAGACAACACACUGACCUCGCCGUGUUCGUCCGUGCCUAUUGCGCCGAUCAUGCCUGUCUUCAGCUGUCCCGACUGUGCUAAACUCUUCUUGGACGCGACUGCCCUGCGAGCUCAUAUGAAGGCCAAGCGACAUGGUCAGUUCAGAUUGAAUCCAACGACAAGCACCGGCACAUCGACUGCGAAGCCCACUACAAAGACCCCUCAGAAACCAGUGAAGUGUGCAACCUGUGGGUUGACAUUCGGGUCGGAAAAGGAGAUCGGUAUACACUACAAGAUGUCUCCUGUGCAUCCAUCGUGUACAACGUGCGGUAGGUAUUUCGAAGAUAAGACCAAACUUUCUCUGCAUAUUCAAACGGUGCACGCGGAGGACAUCUGCGAUUGCGGAGCCAUUGUCAAGCUCAACGGCUUAUCGACUCAUUAUCAGGCUUCCGUCUGUCAUCCUAAGUGCGCCCAGUGUGGAAUCGGUUUCAAGGACUCUGCCAGUGCGGUGCUAGCGCAUCAGGAGCUCAACCACGCUGAUCAGUAUUGUGGUCGCUGUGAGAAAUGGUUCCCGACAAAACCUGAUUUGCAGCAGCACUUCUUUAUGAGCUCGGCACAUUAUCACUGCCUCGGAUGUCAAAUUGGCUUUUCAACGUACACGGAAUAUCUCGAGCACAUGGCUAUGGUGCACCCCCUUCUAGCCAGUGCAGCCAAAAAGAUUGCCGAGACCCAGCAUGUUCAGAAAGACAAGCAAAAGAAGACGAAGUAUCACCAUUGCGGCAUCUGCGAUGUAACAUUCCUGAGCAAGGCCGAUCUCAGGCAGCACAACGUCGACACGCCUCUGCACCUAUAUUGCUGUACCUGCGACAAUGAUUUCCUCGAUCAUGACGGGUAUAAGAGUCACAUGUCAGAGAAACAUCCAUUGGCUACGUCAAUACCUCGUCCGCCUACGUGUCCAUUACCGCCGAACACUGUCGGAACAUUGACUCUGGAAGAUCUCACCCAGUCGGAAUCAUGCGGCAUUCCCGGGAAGCCAGUCGAAGCGGCUGGCCACAGCACCGAGACCAACAACGGUGAAAGCACAUCUGUCAAGACUGGCGACAAAGGAGCUCCUGUCGCGCAACCGACAUUGUCAGAACACCAGGUGCAAAGCUUGUCAUUUGCCGUCGCCGACGAACUACAGGUCCACGCAUCUGAAGCUUACGUCGAAAAUGACACUGACUCGACCAUAUCGCUGGGGUCCUUGCAUAUGGUUUCGUCGACGAGUAUAGAGGAAGAGAUCUCACCCACUGAGCAAUCUCGUGCUGGUGCUCACUCCCAACCACACCUAGAAGAGGUCGGGCCAGCUGCUAUCGACAAUGCGGUGCGAUGCGAGGCAUCCGAGGAAGUUGAGGAGGACGCAUUCUCCGACGACUUUGUGCAUGUUAAUGCGGCCGCCGGGCGGUCGCCCGAUGGUGGUGAACAGACGAUGCAGAGCCGGCCAGAUAGUGUGCUCAGCUACGUCAAGGCGAUCGACUCGGACUCGAACCGUGAUCAUUCUAUCGCCUGUCCAGCCGCUCUGGAGGACCACGGUGUUCCACAAGUCUCCGCUCCAUCCAGCACACCCUCGCUCUCGCCGCCUGACGCAACAAGCAUCGUCAAACCAGAGCUUCUUGAUAGAGGAACACGUUUGCUAUCCGAGUCUUACUCGGGCGCUCCCGCCUCGGACGCUUGUACGCAGGGCCUGUCCACUCGACCGUCAAGUAUCCGGUCAUCAAGCAUUGAGUUUUCCAGUAGUGAAUCCGAGGCAGCUCUCCGCUCUGCCUUACGCCGGCGGCGGGGGAUCGGCCUCGCAAUCGAGUCUGAGUCUGAUGCGUCGGAUACACCCUCCGUCCGCGUAGGCCGCAGCUCGUCCUCUGCUCGGUCGAGGACAGCCGGGGAAGUGUCGACCGUGACGGCGUCCAGAGUCACUACCGCCGGCCAAUCGGUCGCCGCUCCUUUCGAUGCGGCCGCAAGUAGCACGUCACGAGUCCGAUCUCAGGCUGCAGGACCAUCCUGGCACUGCCGGAGUUGCGGAAAGGACCCGUGCGAAGAACCAACGGCGACGCAGUGCGGGCACAUAUUCUGCUAUAAAUGUAUCGUCAAGGAGAUCGCGGAGAACCUGCAGUGUCCCGUCUGCCAGAAGCUAUUCCUGAUGAAGUUGGAUGUGACGAGGUGAGGACCGAUCGUCGUUCCACGCCGCGUCGAAAUCGAAGACGGCGGUGGACGCUGAUCGGUACUCCUGUGGCAUGAAUGAUAAAUAAUGCGUUUCCUGGGAGAUCUUUUCCUCCACCAACGUGGCCCGCCUUCUUCAAGGUAUUGAUAGUACGAGGACUGGCAUACAGUGGACAGACAACGUACUCCUAGGCCUGUGGUGCCUGCUCGGCUACUGCUUCAUGACGAAAUUGUACAUUCAUGAGGAUCGUAAAUUGUCUGACUCUCCCUCCACAAAUUGUAUUCCGUAGGUUCGACCUGGAAACACCGUAGCCAUGAGUCACGCUUCAAAGCUUCACGGCGGACUCGAAGGUCUGUAGUACCAUGGUGUUGGUUCUGUGGGUACAAUAUUGUGCACGGGCUGUGUACCAGCAUGCAGCUGCUCUCUCACUACGAACUUCCAAGUAUAUAAUCUGCAACCAUUU